GUCAGUUCUAGCGGAACCGGUAACUACCGGUGCUCCCAACGCCGUCCGCUUCGUUGGAGAUUCGUGCUGCCACGUCAGCAGGCGACUUACAUUCAAUUAGUAAUUUUUGUAUUUAAGAUGUCUGCAUGUGGUAUUGUACAAGCAGGAAGAAGUAGGCCCACCCUGCUGAAAUCCCGCGCAUCCUUUAUUCCGUUGCCGGCUCCCUUUCCAUUCCCCUGUAUUACUACUCCAUUAUCUCAGUCUACUUCAUCUUCUUCCUCUGCUUGUUUCUCCAGUUCAUUCCUCCCCCGCUCCCCUCCCCUCCCGACGGAGUCAUCUACGCGCUUGACCUGGGGCUGGAAGGAGAGUAAGGACUCAGUCGCUUCAUGGAUCUCGACGAUGACGAUUUUGAGAUGCCAUCAAGUACAUCCCCUCAUUUUGGAGCCAUAAACACAUCAAAGAAGAGACAUGACGACCACUUGGUUAAUCAUACUGGAACAGAUAAGAGGCCAGUGAAGAAAAGGAAAACCCCGAACAAGAAUGCCCAGAACAAGGAUGCUAAGUUUAAGCAGAAUGUCGGAUUCAAAUGUUCCCCUCAUCUUCUGUUCGAUCUCGUAAAGAGCCUAGACUCAGAUCAGAGGAAAUGGGUUGAUGAACUCGGAUUCGGUAUUGUAUUAUCCAUGCCCAACUGCAGGCUUCCUAAAGAUCUGACUGUAUGGUUAGUUAACCAUUUCAGUUGGAAGAAGCAAGCUCUCACUGUUCGUGGCCAAGCCGUCCCAAUAAAACCGCUGUUGAACAAGCUGUUAGGUAUACCUGAUGGACCAUUUCCUGUACCUCUCCCCCGUAGCAAGCGUGGCAAAUCUAAGUGCAUUUACCCCACUGAUGAGGAGAAAGAGAUGAAGGAAGAGAAAGGUGCAAGGGGUUUGAGUUAUAAGUCUUCAUAUGAAUCACUAAUAGCUAACCGUGACCCAGUACAAUUCAAAAGAUCCUUCAUGUUGUACGUGCUCUGUAUUUAUUUUGCUCCCUCUAGUGGGCACUUUAUAAACAUGGGGUACUCACCCAUCGUGAGCAACGUUGACAUCAUAAAGGAUAUGAACUGGUGCGACCAUGUAGCUGAUGUUCUCAUAGAAGGAAUUCAUGACUAUCGAGACUCCAAGGCAGUUAAUGUGAAUGUCCACGGAUGCGUACAUGUUCUGCUGCUCAUUUAUAUCGAUAUGGUGAAGUCUCCAAUUUUGGAAGUUCCCAGAGGAAAUCCCCGUGUAAUACACGUCACGACAGAGUUGCUAGACUUGUUAGAUUUGUCAGAUUUGAAGUUCAGCUCAUUUGACGGUCCAGAGUAUGGCAAGCUCGAGCUCGCUGAUUCGCCAUAUGGAGAAGACUUUGUAUCGUCUGCCACAGCAAAUGGACGUCCCACCAAGUCCAUACCUGGCUGCACAAGCACUCCCCCAACUCAUGUGGAUGUUCACAAGGUCUUUUAUGAUGAAAUGCAGCAAAUUGAGGCGCAAUAUUCUUUAUCAAUAGUCAAGAUGCAUGCUGAAAUGUACGAGACCUACAAGGAUAACAUGAAGCAGUUAGAUACUGAAAGGACGUGUGCAAUCUAUGCUCUCCAUAAAAAAGUUUCGUCCUUAGAUGUAGAUGCUGCAGCAACUCCACACCCUGCUAAUUCACUGAGAACAACUCUCACUGUCGCUCCUGAACCUCUUGUAAGAAAUAGUAUAGCUGACCCUUCUUCACAUGGAGCAAGUAAGGAGGACAGUACUACCAUCACAGCAGAAGCACCAAUAAGCAGCACACCUUCAGGAGAUACAUGUUUCCUGAAGAAAGCAUCACAUCCACCUGUUGAGCUUUCACAAAUUCCUCAGCCGGCGAAUAACAUUAGCUAUGAAAGGUCAGAACAUCCAUAUGUCCAUAAUUCCAUUCCUUUGCAGAAGUUAUCUGUUGAAGCAACCCUGGUCUGCACUCGCUCACCUGAUGCUUCAGAAAGAUCUGAGGAUCUUCAGAAAAAUUGUCGCCAAUUAUCUACCAUUCUAGUGAACUCUACCCGAGCAGCUACUAUCUUAAAUUUAGGUUCAUCAGCAAGGAAUCGCCGGUUGUUCCCGGAAGUUGAAGCAGUAUGUCCACAAGUAAGUCCCAUUCACAAUAUUGUAGAGGAUGAUCCCUUGGGUUUUGAUAUUAUGAAGGAGGUGUCAGAAAUUGGGAAGCAGGUUAGCCAACAGGCUCUUAAAGACACUGAUGCAAUUAUGUCUUCACCUUUGAAAGCUUGCCAUAUUGGGCACACAGUAAUAGCUGACAGUACUGCAGCGGCAGAAAUAGUUCAUCCUUCUGUGCUUACGGAACCAAUACAUGAAGGCCAGAUUCCUCCCCCUUUAUUUGGAAAUCAUGUCACAGCACCCCGAGGUAGCACAGAAGCUAGCAAGCCAAUCAGUCCGGUUGAAGUUAGUGAUGAAUAUCCCGUGGACACAAGAUCUGUAGAUGCAAGUUUACGAGGCCCAGUAAUGAAUGCUGACAUUACUUGUACUCCCCAAUUACCGGUAGUAAAUGACUGCUCUGGUAUACCUGACUUCCAGUUGGUACAAUCUUGCCGCGAAGACAGUGGCAUACAAAUAAAUGAAGGUACCACAUUUGGAACUGUUGAUGCAAUUUCUAUUACCUCUAAAAGUGCACGUAUAUCGUCGCAAGAUCUUCCAGUUCAAGAACCUGAACCAAAUCCAGCUGUACAUUUUGUGCAAUCCAGCAACCCAAUUUGUCCGCACACAAUUUCUUCUGGAAAUUUAUGCAAUGAAGACACAGCAAUUCAUUCUGUUCAUAAUCCAUCUGAUCAAUUGAGUGUGCUUCACAAUCUCCAGCAUGGACCCUGUGGACUGCAGCAAGUACUGGACGUUGUUGAUUCGCCGAGUACUUCUGAUUCAAAUUUCAUUGCUCUACACAAGGCCUCAACCAAUGCAGUAGUUGAGGACCCCAAGCAUAUGCCUUCGCGAGAACUAGCUCCCGAAAAGCUGCACAACAAUGAAUCAGUUUCGAUAGAAGAGUUAGCACUUAAUCCGGACAGCCUUGCACUGGGUACUGUCCAUACUAUUGGUUCCCCAAUUUCAGAUGGUGAGUUCUUUGAGGGCGCAGGUAGUGUCAAUACAGCUGUUCGAGCCAGGGGCAAGAGAUUUGGUAAGACCGAGCAUAUGAUAGAUGCCAUUGCCGAGCUGAAGAAAACAUCCUGUAAGGCAAAUGCAUGUGCGAGUCAAACAUAUGCAGACCAUGUUGAGAAAUCCAUUUUCUGGGCCACAGAAAGAAAAGAUAUUUCAGAUCCUGCUAGAAAUUGUUGUGGGAAAACCAAGAUCCUUAUACGGGGUGUACAUGUCUCCGAGGAGGAGUUCGUCCAAACUCUGAAGCCUACUGGGCAUGUUGAUCCAAAUUUCAUGUGCCUAUGUUGUGAGGCCCUAAUGCUGGACUGGCAUUCAAAAUCAAGGAUAAUUCUCAACCAGGGCAUCAUUAAGGAACUUAUGAAACCUCACGACCGCUGCGAUCACGACAAUAUUGCUUCCAAACUCAAACUUCUACCGCUUGACCAGAUCGACCAGAUUUACUUGCCAGUACCAAACAACAAGCAUUGGAUUCUAGUAUUAAUCACAAUCUCUCGUACAAUGGUUGAGAUUUAUGAUUCAUUACGCACAUACAAACGAGGCGAUGAUCCAUAUGAUGACUUAUGGAAAACAAUUGGUUACAACCUUCAGAUAGCUUUCUCUCAAGCUUCAUCGCACCCAGUUCCGAUACACGACAAAUUUGGGAAGCACUACAACCAAAUCCAGGAGCAGUCAAACAUGCACGACAGUGGUCUUGAAGUUAUAAGGAUGCUGGUUUGCCAUAACGGCAAAGACCUCAUUGGUUAUGGAAAGAAAAACAUGCUUGCAUACAGGAAAGAGUUGUCUCACACACUGGUGUACCACCGUUAUAAUGAUCUAAACCCCAGGAGGCAUGUACCAUCUGGAAAAGAAGUUUUGUGAACCAUGUUUGUUGCCGAAAGUCGAAGAAGUGAACUAGUAAUCUCGUCAAUAUUGAAGGACUGACCAAGUAUUUUCAAGUGGGCAGAACCGAUUUAACUUAUGGAGGUAUUGUCCCAAAAUAGCUGAACACACUGGUCCCCUAUAUGUAUCCCACUUGAUAAUGGUUCUUAUCAUUUAGUAAGGUAUGUGUUAUUAUAGUUGUUUCAGAAUAGGCAUACAUUGCUUUGAAUCAUCUAAUCACAUUGGUUCACGAUCUUUAUAACUUGUUACUUCAUUUUGAAUCAGUUGUUUACUUUUAUUAUUGUCUACCCUUUUACCAAAUUGUUUUGACUCAACUUUUUUCCUUGUUACAUACUUUUUUUGCUGGAGCUAAAUUAUAAACAUUUUCCCCAAAAUCCAUUGUUCGAAGUGAAUCCGAAUCCACAGGAAAACGGGACUUGCGAUUUUUUCCUGUGGGAACAACACUAUGCAUACUUCAUUACCGGAGUUGGGAUCAAUAUGUUGAUUGAAGCUGCUGGUGGCGGUAGCAAUUUCAUGUUUGGAAUUGCAGGUUUCAUGAGAGAUAUUAAGGCGGUGGUGAUGAACACGUUCAUCCUUUGCAUAAUCAUAUUGUCAGUUAUGGCAAUCCAGUUUUCACAUUACUUACUAUGAAAUAUCAUUUCACCAGCUUGAUGUUUCCCAAUACAAUAUGUACUGAACACACUAUAUAUUAUUAGAUAUAUGUGCUACAGAGCUGCACAACUUAAGUUAUCUGAAAGUUAAGUGUAGGGUGAAUCACUUAUUUUAUUUCAUGUACUGCUUUGGAUCGAAUAUAUUUCCCCUUGCCAAUU